AUGAAACAACACCAGCUUUCCCUUCAUUCCUGGCAGUCCCGAGGUCGGUCCGCAGACACUGCCCCUUCCGUGGCUGAUGGCAUUCAGACCCCCAGCCGCCGCUGCCAGUGCCAGGCAGGCAACUGGACAGGACAGUUCAGCUACGCGACACUGGCCACAGUCUCGGCCAGAGCCGCAGCCCCCAAGCCACAGACCACCUCCGCCGCCCCAGCCGGGAGCCUUCCCCCCUCCCUCCAGCCUGCCACGGCCCCGCCACAGGGGCUGAAGCAGUGGGUGGUAGUGGCAACCGUGGCCGUGGUACCCACGGUCUUGGGGCCAGGCCAGGCACGUGGAACCCUGCUUCAGGCCACUCUGCGGCCCCUCCAGGACCAGAGCGGGACUGAGGACACCACCAGCGCUCACCGCUGCCUCUUCCUGUCGCUGAAACCCAGGCGAGGGCUCAGCAUGGAAGCCGGCUCUCCUGAACCGGACGCGCAGGCCAGCCUGGUGGACAAGGAGGACCGCGUGAGCCCAUCUCGGGACAGCCGGGGACACAAGCAACAGCUGCGGCCACUGCCCAAGCCUUCAGGUUCCUCCCAGGGAGAAGCGAAAUACGUGGAGAUGUGUGCUUCAGCGGGAGGCGGGAGGGACAGCCCCCAGACCAGGAAACUGGAGCUCUGCUCCGGUGAAGAGGAGGCCUCAAAGAGCCCAAAGACAAAAUCCCGGGGUGAAGCCAGCAGGCAGGACCGAGAAGCGGCAAACCCCAGGAGUCCUGCCCCCUCCCGAAGGCCCAGCACCCGCGCUGGUGAGGGUGACAGUUUCUCUUCCUCCUCCUCCCCAGCGGACCAAGCAGAGGAUGAAGGUCUGUGCAAAACGGAUGAUUCGGUCACAUCACUGGGGGCUCUGGCCACCUCCUCUUCAUCCUUAGGCUUCGAGAGUGAGACCGAAGUGACCUGUCAACCCAAGGGAAGAGAAGAAGGAAGAAAAGCCGCAGGAGGAGGAAGACAGCAAGAGGGAGGAGGAGGGGUAGGAGAUGGAACAGAAUGCAGGGACAUUAUUGCCAAGUCUCAAGGCAACAGAGACCCCCCGAAAAAUGAGGAGGCACAUUACAUCACCACGCAUGAGAUCCAGUUGAGCGAAGUAGAGCAGGACAUGGACUUCGAUGUGGGGCUGGCUUCCCGGUGGGACUUCGAGGACAACAAUGUGAUCUACUCAUUCGUGGACUAUGCUUCCUUUGGUGGCAGUGAUGAGACCCCGGGGGACGUCACCACCCCCACUGAAGAGGAUGAUGACAACAGCUGCUACCUCAGCACCACCCCCAGCACCAGCGCCACCCGGACACCCAGCCCCACCAGCAGCGACCUGGCUCGCCCCAGUGCAGGCAGUGGUGGUCGCGACACCAGCAGCACGGAAGUGGGCAGUGGUCCCUCGGAUAGUGACACUGUCCCCCCACCUACUACCGGGCCUGGCACUGCCGCUUUGCCUGAGCCUUUGUUGGAGCUCCCAGAAGCGGCCUCAGAGGCAGUGGCCACUGCUCCAAGCAGCUGUGGGAGUGCGGCAAGCCAGACCCUCCUAUCAAUCAAGCCAGCUUCCCGGGAUAUAAAUGAGCCUAGCAACGUGCGUGCAAAGCAAAACAUUAUUUAUGCUGCCAAGCAUGAAGGCGACAUGAGCCUCCGUGUCUCUACAGCUGCUGAACACAAUUCAAGUUCGCUGAAGCAAAACUCGGCUGCAGCCGUGGCUCAGGACCAUGCAAAGAAAUUCAUUGCUAUCCCUGCUCGCCUGCAAACCAGGUGCGGGGCUAUCCGGGCAAAGGAGUUGGUGGACUACUCCAGCGGAGCCUCCAGUGCGGUGAGCGAGCUGGACGAUGCGGACAAAGAGGUGCGGAACCUGACCUCCCGGGCCUUCCGGAGCCUUGCUUACCCCUACUUUGAAGCCCUGAACAUCAGCUCCCGAGAGUCCUCCACCACACUCUCUGAAGUGGGCUUUGGACGCUGGUCAACCUUCCUGGACUUAAAAUGUGGGGGUGUUGGAGCCAGGGUGGAACAGAGCCUGCUCAGGAGCAGUGCAGCCUCGGUGGCUGCGGGUCUGAGGAAGGGCGGUGGCGCCAGGGCUGCUGCAGACCAGCUCUACAUCCAAGCCAAGAAGUCCCAGACCAAGGCCUUGGAGUUCGUGGUCAGCAAAGUCGAGGGAGAAAUCAAACAUGUGGAAACACCCCUGUGCUUCCAGAAACAGGUCCAGACGGGCUCCCGCGUGGUCACGCUUCUGGAGCCCCUGAAUUUACGCAGUGAGAGCAAAGCCAGUUCCGCCACUGGUCCCUGCAGGGCCACCAAAGGCUCCAGCAAGGGUCCCGGGUCAGUGUACACCGAUGAUGGCUCAGAGACAUCCGAGAGCAGCAAGCCUGCUUCCCGCACUGAAGGCCCCCAGAAAAAGUCCAAGUUUGCCUCCAGUCUGCUCAAAAAUGUCAUUUCCAAAAAGAUGCAGCGGGAACACGAGUUCAAAAUGGAGAGAGGAGAAGUCACUGACACAUCCCACCACAACCUCUCCGGGACCUCCAAGGAAGCCGAAGGCCUUCCGGGGACAGAGAAGCAGCGGGAGAGGGGCCUGCAGCGCCAGAGCUCUCGCCACUCAGAGGCCGGCUCUGAGUACACUGUGGUCAGCGUGUCUGAUACUGGUGGAGAGGGGUCUACCGCAGGGUCUAAGUCACCCAUUUUCAAAGCCAGCACUCCUCGAGAAAGCAGCGCUGCCUCUGGUAGGAGAUUGUCUGAUGGACACGCAGAAGUGUGUGAAAUUAAAAAGAGUGCUUCCGAGACAGUGAAGGGCAUCUUCCUUCGGAGCCAGAACAGUGCCUUCCGGUCCUGGAAGGAGAAGGAGGCCGAGAAGCAGGAAGGGAAAGCCUCCAUUGGGAAGCUGAAGCUCUCCAAAGGAGGGGACUGGAGAGCUGAUCUUGGGGAGAUCUCUGCCAGCAAGUCCACCAUCAUGUCUCGCCUCUUUGUUCCCAACAUCCAGCAGACACCCAAGGACAAGCAGCCAGAGAAGCAGGCCACCAAGUACCCAGCUGCUGCCCAGGCCACGUCCACGGCAGUGAUCAGGCCCAAGGCUCCUGAAAUCAAGAUCCGACUAGGGAGUGUGCAGCAGCCAAGCUCAGACUUCAACAUUGCCAAAUUGCUCACCCCCAAGCUGGCUAGCGGCAACACGUCUAACCUGUUCAAGACCACUGAGGACAACACCAGGGCCCAGCAGAAGCUGUUCCGUGGGGACAACCUGGAAAAAGUGCCCCAGUUCCAGGUGAGAGAUGUCAGAGACAAGUCCAAGGCCCAGGGGCCUCUCCACCAGGUGAGAGAUGUCAGGAAACUAAUCAAAGGGUCCGGGGACAGCAGUGACAAGGGCAGUGUUACCCCAGAGCAGGGGCUAACAGGGCCCAAACCUAGGCAGCUGGCUGCUGCAACAGGUGGAACGCGAUCCUUGUCCCCCAUGGUGAUUACAUGCCAGGCGGUUGUGAACCAGAGAGAAGACAGUGUGGAUCGAGAGCCCAGGGAAGGCCUGGGGAAAGUGGGCAGUGCCAACAGGGUCUCAAACUCCUCGCCAGAAGGAACAGUCUUGGUUCACAGGGCAUCUGGCAGGCUGCCUGUGGCCACCAUUGCUCCCAAUAAACCUGAGCAGGGGUCCUACCUGCCUGUGCUCAAAAUUGUCUCCAAGGCUUCUGCUCAGAGGACCCCAGAGAAGCCCAAGGAGGAGGAGCUCAAGGAGGAGAGCAAAGCCCCGAAGCCAGCCCGGAACGCCCUGGAGAAGCUCACGGCUGCCGUGAGGUCCAUGGAGGAGCUGUACAGUUUUAACAGGAACGAGUGGAAACGCAAGAGUGACCCGUUGCCGGUGAUGGCUGACAGCCACGUCCUGUCGCUCAUUGCCAGCGAGGAGAGGGAAGGUGUGGCUGGUCCCGAGGGAGACCCCGACAAGCUGGCUAAAGGGCUGAGUGAGAUGGAAGACAGGGGCUCCGGGCAAAAAGGUGGCGGCGUGGUCCUGCGAGGAGCCCCGGUGGAACGUCUGCAGCGGAGAAACUCCAACCCCAGCUCUGAGAGUGUGUCUGCCCGGGCAGCCGCCUUCGAGAACAUGGCCAGGGAAAGGCCCCGGUCCCUCUAUAUCCCCCCAGUCCACAAGGAUGUGGAAAGAACCCAACCCCUGCAGCCCCUGCCCCCGCUCCCCGGCAACCGCAGUGUGUUCACAGUGAAUGCCAACAGCACUCAGAAAACUGGGGGUGUUGCUGGCAAGUUCCCGCAAGGAUCUUCUCCAGAAAGCCCCUCAGCAGCAGCAAAAGGCAUCAAAUCCCAGGGACUCCGGUCCCUCAAAAUCUCCCCAGCCGCGCGGGCACCUGCUGAUGAGGCUACCCACAGGAAAAGUGGCAUUAGUUUGGAGAAGAGCAACAGUGACUGUGAGAAUUACCUGACCAUCCCCCUGAAAGGAAAUCCUGCUUCGGGGGACUUGCCUGGCAGGCCUGGGGUUGCCAGAGAGGGCCCCUCCGUCUCCUCGGCUGCCUCUCUCUGCAGCUUACCCCCACUGAGUGCCCGCAGUCAGGUCCCCAAUAGCUCCAAAGGGCCUCAGGUCAGUGGAACCAGCAGGCCAGCUUGGCGUUCCAAACCCGACCACCCCCGGGAGACCGUAGCUGCACCCACGGGGCCGCAGAGCCCUGAGCACACGCCUACUGCUGUCUACCACCAGCAGGCCCUGCCCUUUACCCUCCAGGGGACCCAACCUCAGGUCCUCUGCUUCUCCCCACCUGGUAUGCCAGCCCCAGCACCCACAGGCCCUACCACCGUCUCCACAGACCCCUUCCAGCCGCCGCAGCCGCAGCAGACUCAGCGCAAGAUGCUUCUGGAUGUGACCACUGGCCAGUACUAUCUGGUGGACACACCGGUACAGCCUAUGACCCGGAGGUUGUUUGACCCUGAGACAGGACAGUACGUGGACGUGCCCAUGACCUCCCAGCAGCAAGCUGUGGCUCCCAUGUCCCUCCCUGUACCCCCCUUGGCCCUGAGUCCUGGGGCCUAUGGACCCACCUAUAUGAUCUACCCUGGGUUCCUGCCCACGGUGCUGCCCCCCAAUGCCCUGCAGCCCAUGCCCAUUGCUCACACUCCAGGGGGCAGUGAGCUGUCCAUGGCAGGAGAGCCCCCCAACAAAGAGGCAGCUGCAACGUUUGCAGAGGCCCCAUAUUUCAUGGCCUCUGGUCAGUCCCCCGCCUCCUCUUCUUCUUCAGUCCCAGGAGCCACAUCCCAGCUUGUGGGGGCCAAAGGCUUUGCCCAGAUGCAUGGCAAACCUGUCAUCAGCAUCACAUCACAGCCCUUGGGGCCACGGAUCAUUGCGCCCCCUUCCUUUGAUGGCACAACCAUGAGCUUUGUGGUAGAACACCGAUGAGGAGGAGUCAGGAGAAGGCAGGGAGGAACAGCUUCCGGAGCAAGACAGAAAUAUGGACUGUUCUUUAAUCUGAAAGUUGCAUUGUGAUAGUGCUAAGAAUUCAUCUGAAAAACUUCCAAUUGUGCUAUUCUUAACUUUUGCUUCUUAUAAACCACGUAUGUAAGUUUCUAAAUUUUCCUGAACAUCACUUAGGGCAUUUUUUGUUAUUUCAGUUUUACCAAGAUGACUGAAUGGUUGUA